AUGCUGACUGUUCAUCACUUGAAUAACUCUCGUUCUCAACGGAUUCUAUGGCUACUUGAGGAAUUGGAAAUCCCGUACGAGUUGAAGAAAUACCAACGAACCCCUGAUGGUUUGGCGCCCCCGGAACUCAUAGCCAUAAGUCCUCUGGGGAAAUCGCCGCUCAUUACGGAUGGCGAUGUCACCCUCGCAGAAAGCGGCGCCAUCAUUGACUACAUCAUUGCCACAUAUGGUAAUGGUAGAGCCGUCGCUCAACAGUCGGGAUAUAUACACAAUCUCUAUUUCAGCCACUAUGCAGAAGGUUCCCUGAUGCCUGUUUUAAUCCUCAAAUUCAUCUUUACAAUUGUGCCCAAGAAAUCACCUUUCUUGAUUAGACCAUUUCUUAGUUUCAUCUUUCGCCAACUCGACAAACAGCUCGCAGAGCCCCAGAUCACACAGCAUCUCAAAAUGAUCGAGGAACACCUGGCAAAAUCGAAAUCUACCUGGUUCGCCGGUGGAGAAGAGCCCACUGCCGCAGACUAUCAGAUGGCCUUCCCCCUUGAGGCAGUUGCGUCAGAAAUUCCAAACUUUGUCGUAAACAGUCCGCACAUCAAGAAAUACGUGGAAACUGUUCACAGUCGACCGGCUUAUAAAAGGGCGAUUGAAAAGGGUGGAAAGUACUCGUAUGCAAAACUUUGA